UAAACGGGUAACAACAUAUCAGUAGUGGAAGCUACUAGAAAAUCCACACACUGCGAUGAGGAAGUGGACUGUACCUUCCGUUCUCCUUCUACUCACUCUUCUCUUUCUCUUCGCGGAUCAAGGUCGAAAAUUUCAGGCGAAUGCGGAGGGUGAUUCCGAAGAGCUUGUAGAUCCACCUAAGGUGGAGGACAGGAUUGGUGCUGUUCCUAAUGGUCUUUCCACCGAUUCAGAUGUGGUCAAGAGAGAGGCGGAGUCGAUCUCGAAGAGAUCGCUUCGGAGCAACGCGGAGAAGUUUGAGUUUCAAGCGGAAGUGUCACGGCUUAUGGAUAUUAUCAUCAAUUCUCUCUACAGUAACAAAGAUAUCUUCCUCAGGGAGUUAAUCUCUAAUGCUUCUGACGCAUUGGACAAGAUUAGGUUCCUCUCCCUCACGGAUAAGGAGAUUUUGGGUGAAGGUGAUAACGCCAAGCUUGAAAUUCAGAUUAAGUUAGACAAGGAAAAGAAAAUUCUCUCAAUUCGAGACAGAGGUAUUGGUAUGACAAAAGAGGAUUUAAUAAAGAAUUUGGGGACCAUAGCAAAAUCAGGAACUUCAGCGUUCGUUGAGAAAAUGCAGACAAGUGGCGAUCUCAAUCUGAUUGGGCAGUUUGGAGUUGGUUUCUACUCUGUGUAUCUUGUGGCUGACUAUGUUGAAGUCAUUAGCAAGCAUAGUGAUGAUAAGCAGCAUGUUUGGGAAUCAAAAGCUGAUGGAGCAUUUGCUGUUUCGGAAGAUACAUGGAAUGAACCACUAGGACGUGGAACUGAGAUUAGAUUACACCUCAAAGAUGAGGCUGGGGAGUACUUGGAGGAGUCUAAGCUGAAAGAAUUGGUCAAGAGAUACUCUGAAUUUAUUAACUUCCCAAUUUAUCUUUGGGCAAGCAAAGAGGUUGAUGUGGAGGUUCCUGCUGAAGAAGAUGAGUCUGGUGAUGAAGAGGAUUCAACUGAAAGCAGCUCCUCUAAGGAAGACAGUGAAGAUGAUGAUGCUGAUAAAAGUGAAGAUGAAGAAAAAAAGCCAAAGACAAAGACGGUGAAGGAAACAACUUAUGAAUGGGAACUUUUAAAUGAUGUGAAAGCUAUAUGGCUGAGGAAUCCAAAGGAGGUUACAGAUGAAGAGUACACCAAAUUCUACCACUCUCUUGCCAAGGAUUUUAGUGAUGAAAAUCCUUUAGCAUGGAGUCACUUUACUGCUGAAGGUGAUGUUGAGUUCAAGGCAGUCCUGUUUGUGCCACCUAAGGCUCCUCAUGAUUUAUAUGAGAGUUACUAUAAUGCAAACAAAUCCAACCUGAAGUUGUAUGUUAGACGAGUGUUCAUUUCAGAUGAAUUUGAUGAACUGUUGCCCAAGUAUUUGAACUUUUUGAUGGGCCUUGUUGAUUCUGAUACAUUGCCACUUAAUGUAUCACGAGAAAUGCUUCAACAACACAGUAGUCUAAAGACAAUCAAGAAGAAACUUAUUAGGAAAGCCCUUGACAUGAUCCGCAGGAUUGCUGAAGAGGAUCCUGAUGAGUCCACUGACAAAGAAAAGAAAGAAGAGACGUCCUCCGAUAAUGAUGAGAAGAGAGGUCAAUAUGCUAAGUUCUGGAAUGAGUUUGGGAAGUCCAUUAAACUUGGUAUCAUUGAGGAUGCCACCAACAGAAAUCGUUUGGCAAAACUGCUCAGAUUUGAGAGCACCAAGUCUGAGGGUAAAUUGACUUCUCUCGAUCAGUACAUAUCUAGAAUGAAAGCUGGACAGAAGGAUAUCUUCUACAUAACUGGAACUAGCAAAGAACAACUGGAAAAAUCUCCAUUCCUUGAGAGGCUUAAGAAGAAAAACUUUGAGGUUAUUUUCUUCACAGAUCCAGUUGAUGAAUACUUGAUGCAAUACCUGAUGGAUUAUGAAGAUAAAAAGUUCCAAAAUGUGUCCAAGGAGGGUCUGAAACUUGGGAAGGACUCUAAAGACAAGGAACUGAAGGAAUCCUUCAAGGAUCUUACUAAGUGGUGGAAAAAUGCCCUUUCCAGUGAGAAUGUUGAUGAUGUGAAGAUAUCCAACCGAUUGGAUAACACUCCUUGUGUAGUGGUGACAUCGAAAUAUGGUUGGAGUGCUAACAUGGAGAGAAUCAUGCAGUCUCAGACUUUGUCAGAUGCUAGCAAGCAAGCCUACAUGCGUGGCAAGAGGGUUCUUGAGAUCAAUCCUAGACACCCUAUAAUCAAGGUGCUCCGGGAGAGUGUGGUAAACAACCCUGAGGAUGAGAGUGUGAAGCAAACAGCACAGCUGAUGUACCAGACUGCACUCUACGAAAGUGGCUUCCUGCUUAAUGAUCCUAAGGAUUUUGCUUCCCGUAUUUAUGAAUCAGUGAAGUCUAGCUUAGACAUAAGUCCUGAAGCAACAGUUGAAGAGGAAGAUGACAUCGAAGUUGAGGCUGAAACUGAUGCAAAAGAAGAUGCUAAGCCUGAAGCCGAUGCGGUCAAUGAUGAUACUGAUGAGAAGGACGAGUUGUAGAUUUGCAAGGUGGACAUCCACUUCUUACUGACGCUGCUUUUGGUUGCCUUUGUUUCUUGGUUUUUAGCUUUGAGUUUGACCGUAAAAGUUCUCUAGCAUGAGUUUUGAUUCCACAAGCUGUUCAAGCAAACACAUUAGUGUUAAAUUGCUGUAGUCAUACUAUCUAAUGGAAUUUUGGCUUACCAUAAGGUGACGUAUUCGAUAUAUAUUUAUAUAAUUUAAAUCCUCUAUUUAGGUUUUGUAGGACAGACAAUAAUAAGAAAUUUUGUA